UCACCACCAUUUGGGCACAAAGCUACAAUUCUCAUUAUUGUGCUAUAACCUUUAACCUGGUCACCUCAAUUCGAAUAACAUUCUAUAAUCACGAUGCUUCUUUUAUGUACACCCGUCCAGUUGUCUUAGUUCAGUGUAUUUUGUUGAAAUAUCCUAGCAAUGCUUUGAUGGUAACAUGAUUUGGAUGUGAUAAUAAUAGCAGAGAGAGGACCCUGCCUGGCAUCACUGAGCUGUUUAUAACACUUGAGAGAGAUCUAUAGUCUAGUAGACAUACACUCUGGGGAACUGAGAACUUACUCUGGAGCCACGUCUCUACAACCAAAUGAGGUACUUGGAUUUGAAUUGAAAUGAAUUGAUUGAGUUGAACUGAACUGGAUUGAUUGGACUGCAAUGGACCCUUGCUGAGUAAUCUGGAUUGGUUCAAGGUAUACAGACAGGAUCUCUAUGGGAUGAGCUGCUUGUUGUUUUUAUCAUGGAGAAGACGGGCCUAAUGGAAAUACUCUUCAUUACUUUCAAUCACAACGUCACUUUUCUGGGGAAGACAUGGUUGAUCUUGAUGUCGGUCCUGAGGUUACUCAUCCUCCUGUUCUCUGGCUAUCCCCUCUUCCGGGACGAGCAGGAGCACUUUGUGUGCAACACCAUCCAGCCAGGCUGCACCAACGUCUGCUUUGACAGUUUUGCUCCCCUCUCCCUCUUCCGCUUCUGGCUGUUCCAACUGAUCAUGCUCUGUCUCCCUCACCUGAUGUUCAUCUCUUAUAUCAUCCACAAAGUAUCGUCAACUCUCCGUAUCAGAGGGAACUAUUUCUCUGGAAGUCAGACCGGAGCAGGCACUCUGUGCACCCCUCUACACGCUCUACCAAAAGGAACACCUAACUUUGUAAGUGCCUAUCUUCUGGAUGUGAUACUGCGGAUUCUGCUGGAGGCAGCGUUCAGUGCCGGACAGUACUACCUCUAUGGCUUCUCUGUCCCCAGGAGCUUCCAGUGCUAUGAAUUUCCCUGUACGUCCAUGGUGGAGUGCUACAUAUCCAGCCCCACAGAGAAGACCAUCAUGCUCAACUUCAUGCUGGCAUCUGCCUCCCUGUCUCUGCUACUGAACUUGGCAGAUCUUGUGUGCUCUGUGCAAUGGAUGGUGACACAGAGGACCAGGAGAAAGGGCAGACGGUUGAUGAAAGGUGGGGUUGGGGAGGACAUGGAAGUCCUGUACAACCAGAACCACAAGACCCCCAAAACUGUCCUCAAGAGAGGACAAAGUCACAUGGACAAACCAACCUUGAACUGUAACCCAAACGGUGAUCUUUCACACAGAAGAGUCAGAAUAAAUGAUGAGACUCACGUUAGGGUGGCUGCCCAACCACUGCAGGGGAGCAGGCUGCCGCGGAGGGAUGCAAAGAUUGAGCCGCCAUUUCAGCCCAUUCCUAUGGGGGCUCCAUGGAGCGGGCACUUCGUUCAUCCCAACCACAUCUCCCGUUCAUCUUCCGUCCCUCUCUCCCAGCAGUUAGAGAGAGACCCAGUAGUAGUGUCACGCCAAUUUACACCCUCACAAAUGUACAGUGGUCGGAGGCAUGGCCAGUCCACCAUGGUAGACGCAACACUCCUGGAGCAGCAUCAUGAUAGUGCAGAAUCCCGUGAUAGGCUCCUGGACGACGUCAACCUGCAGGAAGUAAGGGGCUCCUCAAGCUCUUCCAGUGAUUCUUCUUCCUCAUCAGAUGCUCAGUAAAGUAGAUUGUUUUAUUUAGCCCUAUGUAAUUCUAUGCAAGGCAGCAACACAACAAUGGGAGAGCUGUGUUUUUUAGUUCAACAACUCUGAUGAUUUACUCAUUACAUACACUUAAAUUCAUUUUUCCCCAAAUUGUAAUAAUAGGCUACAUUGCAUUUUGCUGCUGUGACUUCACACUUUCAGCUCUACAAACAGAAUGUGUUAGCUAACAGAAUUAUAAUGGGUGAUCCAAUUAAUGCCAGUUAGUUGACCUUCAAGAGCAAUGAUGGCCGCACUCCGCUGUUGUUCAGCUCACACAGUCUUUCAUUGGGUUCCCAAACAACAGUUAGACAAGACUGACAUGCCCCGACUCAUCAGAAGCUAAGACCACUUGGGGAACUGAGGGAAACAAAGGAACAUUACUCCUCUACCAGGGUGGCAGGUAGCCUAGCGGUUAAGAGCGGUGGGCCAGUAACCGAAAGGUCAAAUCCCUGAGCCGACUAGGUGAAGAAUAUGUUGAUGUGCCCUUGAGCAAGGCACUUAACCCAAAUUGCUCCUGUAUGUCACUCUGAAUAACAGUGUCUGCUAAAUUAAUCAAUUGUAAAUGUCAGGAGAGGCUUUACAGGAGGCCAGUGAUGGAAAAGUUGAGGUGAAUGCAAGCCCACCUACUGUCAACAAUGCUGUGGAUGUCAGCUCAAGUGUAAAUUACAUUUAAAAGUCAAACACAAUGUGCUGCUCUACAACGUGCCUUGGAUUCAAUCCUGGCUGAAGCCUUCGUGUGGUUUUGAGUGUAGGGGAGAGCCAUUUGUUACGUUCAGCAUCACCCCUUCAAGGGAAAUAUAGUUUUCUUUCUAACAAAGAUAUUUACAUAUACUUCAGUAUGUUGUGCAUCCCUGGAAAUAAUUUAAAAAACAGUUUUGAAAACAUACACUAUAUAUACAAAAGUAUGUGGACCCUUCA